UGUUCAUUGCUGUUCACUCGCCGUAAUCCGAAGAAGACGAACCACCAUAAUCAUCAGCCAUGGGUCGUGUCAUCAGAGCUCAACGUAAAGGAGCUGGUUCAGUCUUCAAAUCCCACACUCACCACCGUAAAGGCCCCGCCAAAUUCAGGAGCCUCGAUUUCGGCGAGAGAAAUGGUUACCUCAAAGGUGUUGUCACCGAGAUCAUCCACGAUCCUGGACGUGGUGCUCCUUUAGCUCGCGUUUCCUUCCGUCAUCCUUUCCGAUUCAAGAAACAGAAGGAGCUUUUCGUCGCUGCUGAAGGUAUGUACACCGGUCAGUUUCUCUACUGUGGGAAGAAAGCUACGCUAGUCGUUGGAAAUGUUCUCCCGCUUAGAUCUAUCCCUGAAGGAGCUGUUGUUUGUAACGUUGAGCAUCAUGUUGGUGAUCGUGGUGUUUUGGCUAGAGCUUCUGGUGAUUACGCCAUUGUUAUUGCUCAUAACCCUGAUAAUGACACUAGCAGGAUUAAGUUGCCAUCGGGUUCGAAGAAGAUUGUGCCGAGUGGAUGCAGGGCUAUGAUUGGUCAAGUUGCGGGUGGUGGAAGGACAGAGAAGCCAAUGCUCAAGGCUGGUAAUGCUUACCACAAGUACCGUGUGAAGAGAAACUGCUGGCCUAAGGUUCGUGGUGUGGCUAUGAAUCCAGUUGAGCAUCCUCAUGGAGGAGGUAACCAUCAACAUAUUGGUCACGCUAGUACGGUUCGUCGUGAUGCACCACCUGGACAAAAGGUUGGUCUUAUUGCUGCAAGGAGGACUGGUCGUCUUAGAGGUCAAGCUGCUGCUCUUGCUUCCAAGGCAGACUAAGGAGAGAGGAGGAUUCAAGAUUGAAUUGUUCUCUUUUUUUUGGAAAUGUUUUUGUUUAGACCUUGUUUUUGGAACCUUGAGAUUUACUGUCAUGUUCUUUGAGACCUUUCUCUAUCAAGUAGAAUCUGUGUCUCUGUUAAAACUUGUCUCAGAUUUUGAUAGCUGUUUCGGUUUGAUAUGAGAUUUACUAUCAUGUUCUUAGUUUAA